AUGCUUGUUCAUUCGGUUGUGGUUGUGAAGCACACAAUACAUAUAAUAACCAGUGUCACUCGCGACACUACGUUUCAAGUCAAUACUGAUCUUACCAUUACCGUUGACAAUGCGCCAACCAAUCUCGAUUUUCUUACAACGUAUUUUUAUAGAAGUACUGCUAUCGAGACUAUGAACGGUCAAAAUUCCCACGCUACAUCUCGAUAUAGUGCGGGUAGCUUUACACUAAUGAUCGUCGCCUCUGAAUUGUCUCCAAAGCGCCGUCGACAAGCCGGGGCUUUCGUGAGCUACGCGGGCAGAGCAACUUCUUCCUGCACACAAGCAAGCACACUCACGUUGGCCAACAACCAGCUUUGGGUGACAUAUUCCAACGGAACUGUAGCACAAUUCUCCGCGACCACAGGCGAUACAUAUGACUAUUUCGCACCGAGUUCAACGCCUGGAGACAUUACCACCACGUUUUCUUUGAGUAAUACUGGUACUCUGCUAUGGACGAGCUCCAAGUUCUUUAAUGGAAAUGCCCUUUUCUGCGUGCUCCCCUCUGGCGUAAUCGUUGCAGUCUUUCAGCAAGGAGCACAGCCUCUAUCCUGCGUUUUCAUAGAUCUCACCGUCGCAGAACUUACCUCUUGCGUUGCUCCUUCAACUGGAAGUGCGGUCACCGCUGUGCUCGGUGGCCCAGGCCCAUUAGGGCCAAGUGGUCCACAAGGCAGCGUGGGAGCUAGUGGCGCCCAGGGAAUUCAAGGAAGCGUUGGGCCACCUGGACCUAGUGGUGCACAGGGGAUUCAAGGUGGCACUGGGGCGACAGGACCUCAAGGAGCUCAGGGAGUUCAAGGAAUCCAAGGAAGUGUAGGAUCGAUGGGAGUUCAGGGAGUUCAAGGCAGCGUUGGCCCAACAGGACCUCAAGGAGCUCAGGGAAUUCAGGGAAUUCAGGGAACUCAGGGAAUUCAAGGGAGUGUAGGGCCGACUGGAGCUCAGGGAGUUCAAGGCAGCGUUGGCCCAACAGGACCACAAGGAGCUCAGGGAAUACAGGGAACUCAAGGCAGCGUUGGGCCGACGGGACCUCAAGGAGCUCAAGGAAUUCAGGGAAUUCAAGGGAGUGUAGGGCCGACUGGAGCUCAGGGAGUUCAAGGCAGCGCAGGGCCAACAGGACCACAAGGAGCUCAGGGAAUACAGGGAACUCAAGGCAGCCUUGGGCCCACGGGACCUCAAGGAGCUCAGGGAAGUGUAGGGCCGACUGGAGCUCAGGGAACCCAGGGAAUCCAAGGCAGCGCUGGACCGACUGGACCCCAGGGACUUCAAGGCAGCACUGGACCGAUUGGAUCCCAGGGGGUUCAAGGCAGCGCUGGGCCGACUGGACCCCAAGGAAUUCAGGGCAGCGCUGGACCGACUGGACUCCAGGGAAUCCAGGGCAGUAUUGGACCGGCUGGGGCUCAGGGAAUCCAGGGAAGUGUCGGGCCAACUGGUCCGCAAGGAGUUCAAGGAAAUUUAGGCCCUAGCGGACCUCGGGGAAGUACUGGCCCAAGCGGAGCCCAGGGAAUACAGGGUAGUGUAGGGCCUAGUGGAGCCCAAGGAUUGACAGGCCCUUCAGGUGCACCCGGCAUUGCAUAUGCGUACUUGGGCUGUUUCUUGCAAACAGGCGCCUCGUCUACCAGCACCGGCAAAGUGCUAGCCAAUUUCAUACAGACGUAUACCGCGAGUGGGAAUGCGCAAUGCUCCGUUGUUUGCAAUAGCCAAAAUUUCAACUUCUAUGGAACUGUGAAUGUGGGCACGACGAGCGUGGAUUGCUACUGCGGCGAUACGUUGAAUCUUGUUACUAUUGCAGGUUUAGGAACUGGAGCAACGCCGGAUAACAACUGCGCUCUGUGCGUCAAUGGCCCAGCACCAGCAGGUGAGUGCGGCAUUGAGUCGUCAUCAACGGUAGCGAUUUUCGCCAGAGCUUUCUAG